GUCAUUUAAAAUUCUAUACAUUGCGAACCUUUACAUUGUUCUACAUUCUUUCGUGAUUGCAUACAGUGAACACGGUUAGGAAGAUAUAUUUAGAAAUAAGCAUGGAGUCAUAUUUAUCACCUUAGGACAUGCAAACCAGAUGAAGAGAGUUCAUUGCCUAAAUACAUACUCGGCACAUUAACCUAAUCCUAUGGCUUAUUAGUAAUCACUUAGCAACAUCAAUGGUCGGACGAGGCAAAUUUUGCAAUCUGUCUUUUUUUCACCAACAAUGCCUUAUACUGUAUGAUAUGCAUGGAUCUUGAUUUCGGAUGAUGAGACUGAUAACGACAUUGAUGUUUGUGUUGGUUAUUUACAAAACUGCACCAUUUCGCAUUAUUUGCCCUCAACCUUCUGAAAGGUAUUUGAGAAGUAAAGCUAAAUGUACAGAUUAUCGCAAUUACACAUGCUUAUUUGAUGAAAAUCAACAUUGUUUUAGGGAGAGCUGUUCAGUUAAAUUUGACUUUCAAAGACCAGGUUAUAGAGUUACUCUGCGAACGAAUCUUCAUGGCGGGCCUUGCCCAGAUGGUCUAUAUCAACCUUUCACCUUUUUCACCAACAUAUCCAGUAAUUGUGAGUUGAAGCGGUCGUUUUGCAGCGCACAGGGUCAAAUAGUAUCAAGUAAUGGUACAACAAGAACGGAUAGGCAAUGCCGGUGUAAUUAUGCCAACGGAUAUUCGUAUGUGAUCAAACCAAAAAAUAUAUGCUCUUGCAUUCCAUCAGAAGAAGAUUGUUCCUGCUAUCGCAAAAUAUGUUUAAAAAACCACAUUCUUUCUCCUGAUUAUCAAUGUAUCAACCAAUUAAGUUGGUCCGGUAAAUUUCUUUGUUCCCAAAUUUCAGAUUUACGUGUGCCUAAAGUGACUGUAUCGAGUAAUGAGAUACGUAGGACAGAAGAACGAAGAGAUGUUUUAGAAAUAAAACGAACAACUGUCCUACUAGUGAUCAUAAGUAUUACAAUUAUCAUGCUUUUGACAUCGUCAAUUACUUUCACGCUGAUACAUGGAAACAAUACAGGGUAUCAAGUGCGAAAAUGUGAUUAUCAAGAUGAUAAACAAUGUGUCAACAAUAUUGAAACAGAACAGUUGGAGGCGCCUUCACCAAAAGUGUUUCCAGGACAAAUAUGUUGGUAUCAAGAGGUUGAUCAAUGUGUCAACGACGUUGGCACUGUACAGUUGCAGGCGAAAUCAACAAGAGAAGAAAGCUCGAUUGACCCGCAUAGCACAGUUUCGUUAAAAUAUGUUAAAGAAAACAUGACCGAGGUCCAGAUAAUAACCAGAGCACAAAUGGCAAUUGGAAAGAGAGAAAAAAAGAAUGAAACAUUAGAAAAGAUUGGAUCUAAUACUCAAUCAAUGGAGAGAACAGAAUGGGAAAUUAGAACAAAAUCAUUUGUAGAAACGCCUGUCAUUAGAGAGAUCAAAGCAAAUGUGGCUACCAUAAAUACCGUUGUGUUGUGGGGACCACCAGGGUGUGGUAAAACAGCUUCGAUUCAUUACAUUGCCUUGUACUUACAAAAUCAUGAAGGAUAUAAACCUAUACACUGCCUUAAGCCUUCUGACAUAUUUAACCAAAAAUAUCAAACGGGGAAACGUACGUUUGUGAUUGACGACAUCUGCGGUAGAUUUGUAUUUUCCCAUGUACGAUUUCUUACAUGGGAACGACGUAUGAAACAUAUAGAAGAACUUCUUCAAGAUGAUAGUGUAAAACUAUUAAUGACAUGCUCCUCUGCAGUGUUCAUUACUAAUAUUGUACAACAUUGCACGUUAUUUACUGAUAACGCAUUUGAAUUAACUAUACCUACCAUAUUGACUAACAAUCUUUAUACGGUUGCAAAAGACGUCCCAAUAAAUUCAAAACAUGUACUACCUUCUAUCAUCAAACAAAAUGUAUUUGAUAAAGUUUCAUUACCCAUGAUACAAUGUGAAGUAUCUUUACCUUUGCGUGGUACAUUUGACUGUUUUAUUAAUUCAUCAGAAGAUGUUGAUAGUAAGGUAGAACAACUCCGCAAAUCAAAUAUUUCGGCAUUUUAUAGUUUGUUUAUAUGUAUACUCAAAACAGGAAGUAUUGAUGAAGCUGUUUUGACUAGUGAUGACAACUCUUUGUUCACUGAACUUAGUAUCAAUGUUUGUUAUACAUUAGAUAUUGAUAUUUCACGAAGGCAAUUUUUGGACAAUUUAUACUUUUUAAUGGAUGACUUUAUUUUUAAAGAUAAUGGUUUAUUUUUAAUUAAACACACUGCUCUUUAUGAAGUUCUAGCUGUAUAUUUUGGAGACAAAUUACAGAAAGUGUUUAUAAGUUAUGCCGAUUCGGAAAUUAUAACACAACACUGCAGCCUCAAAGCAUUUAAGAAUAUUGCAGGUUAUGCAAGAUUUAGUAUACAGGUAGAUGAAGAAAAUGAAGAUCUCUAUUUUCAACGAAUAACAGAACAAUUAUUGAGCAGAAAUAUCUUCGAAGUAUUUUCAGUCCGUCAAAUGAGUAUAGUUUUAUAUCGAAAAAAGUUGGCAGAUUUUUUGAAAAAGCAAGGCCCAGUUGUUGUUAAACAAAUCUCUCACUCAAAAUGCAAAAUUAAAAAUGAAACUUGUUCGUCAAUGGCAAUGCGUAACGGAUAUGUUAAUCUUGUCAAGUUAUUUUUAGAUUGCAACGAAGAUUUAAAUCCUGAGAAUAACGAAUAUCUCGAAGUCGCAUGCAAAACAGGAAACCUGAACUUUGUGAAGUUACUACUUAGCAAGCAAAUCAACAUCAAUAAACCUAUAUCAGACGGCUGCACACCCUUACAUAUUGCAUGUAAAUAUGGAAUUCUCAGAUUAAUGUUUUACCUUGUAAAAAAUAAAGCUGAAGUAAAUUGUACAGACAUGCAUGGUAAUACGCCACUGAUUGAAGCAUGCGAAAAUGAAAACAAAGCAAUAAUUUCCUUUCUCUUGGAAAAUGGAGCAGAUAUUAACAAGGCAAAUUCGGAAGGGCAGUUUCCUCUGAUAAUAGCUAUAAGGAAAGGAAGAAUGCGAAUAGUCGAUGUACUUAUUUCAUAUCGUGGUGGCGGAAAUAUUGCUGACGUGAAUUGUACAGAUAUGCACGGUAAUACGCCAUUGAUUGAAGCGUGCGAAAAAGGAAACGAAGCAAUGGUUUCCUUACUCUUGAAAAAUAGAGCUGAAAUUAACAAGUCAAAUUCUGAAGGACAAUUUCCUUUGAUGAUAGCUGCAAGGAAAGGAAGAAAACGAAUACUCGAUUUACUAAUUUUAAAAGGAGCUGAUGUAACAAAAGUUGAUGUGUUAGGGUAUACAUGUUUGAUGCAUUCAAUUCAGUUGGAAACGCAAAAGAUUCAAACAGUUUUGGCUCUUUUAAAUGCAGGUGUAGAUGUUAGUUGCUCAUCUGCAGACGGGAAAACAGCAUUACUUAUUGCUAUACAGGAGCAGCGAAAAGAUAUUGUUAAAAUUCUAACUAAUGACGAAGCCGACGCAAAGACUUUGGGACAUAAACACUUCUUUAGGAGAAGCACGAUUGAAAAUAUUGUUACUAAAUCUGACAAUCAUGGCAUGACUCCUUUGAUACACGCAUGCGAAUUAAGAAAUGAUAAAUUUGAUGUUGUAGAACAUCUUUUGUCGAAAGGAGCAAUCGUUAAUUUUUGUGAUGAUAAUGAUAUGACACCACUUAUUGUAGCCUUACAAAAUGAUGAUAACAAACUUGUUAAAUGUUUGAUCAACAACGGAGCACUAGUCAACUUACCCGGAAAUAAAAGGACGACACCCUUACAUGAAAUGUGUAAAUCCGGUCAGUAUAAUAAUGUUUUGCUACUUAUAUCAGAAGGAAGUGAAGUUGAUAUCGUGGAUAGACAACAGAUGACACCGCUCAUGCUUGCAAGUAAAUGCGGCUAUUUAAAAAUAGCCCAAGUUCUUAUUAAGAGAAAUGCUACAAAAGACGCUGUAGACCAUAAUGGGACGACUGCCUUAAUGUUCGCCUGCAUGGGUGGAUUUAUUGAUGUAAUUCGUUUCCUAGUAGAAAUGAGAGCCGAUGUUAAUAAAGCAGAUAAAAAUAACUGGACAGCUCUUUUAGCAUAUGCAAACUCUAUUAAUGAUAACGCUGAAAUUGUCAAUGUUCUUAUUGAGGGAGGAGCUGAUUUAAACUCUUCGACGAAAGAUAAAGUGUCAAGUCUUAUGAUGGCUUGUUUUCAUGGGCAUCAAGAAAUCGUGAAAUGUUUGCUACAACAUAAUGUAGACGUGAAUCAUAAAGAUAUUUAUGGAAAGACUCCAAUAGUUUCGGCAUGUUUGAGUGGAAAUGUUGAUAUAGUGCGGGUUUUAUUAGAAAACGGAGCUGACACUGGAGUUAUUGAUAAAAAUGGCGAUACUCUUGAAUCCCUUGCAAGAAAAAACAACUUAACUGAAAUGGUUGAUUUUUUUGGUAAAUCAUGCCGACGUGUAUAAACUACUUGAAUUUAGAUUGAAUUGAUACUAUAGCUAAUACCCUGGUUACAGGCAAAAAAUAAAAAUACCCUUGAAUCCUUCGAUAGGGAAAAAAUCUAACAAUAUUAACUUUUUGUCAGUAUGAUUAGGGAUUUGGUUUUAACACGAAAUAUACCUUUUUGGUCUGUAUAUAUAAUGUCAGAACUAAUAUAUGUUUGGCUUUCCAUACUUUUUUUCCAAUAGCGUACUUGAUGAAGGUGAUUCUAGAAACACGUACUCAUCAACCAGAUUCAUCACCGUAUAUCAUGGUUUGUUACAUUAACUACCGACAAGAUGUUUCUAAUCCAUUAUUCUUGUACAUUCACACUAAAUGGUGAACUACAGUACGGAUUUCUCAUUAAAGUGUAUGUCAUGUAUAUAGAAUAUUCAUGGUAUGUUAUCACUCAACUUUUCUGUUUAAAUUGUAGAUUAUCAUCAUAGACUUUCUUGUUAACAUUAACAAUUUAUUUUUAUAUAAUGAAUUACACACAUGGAGGAUAUUGCUGUAUAUAUAAUUGUAGUGUAAAAUAGUUGUUUUAUCCUGUAAUCAGUCAACUAUUGUACAAAUAACAUGUACACAAAUGAA